AUGUUUUCGUUCUGGUACAGAGAUGCUUCGACGUGUCCUGAAAAUCAGAAUUACUAUCGUUGCUCGUCGGUCUCAUACUCGGGCUGUUGCACCCACGAUCCUUGCAGCUCAGGUGUCUGCGAAGACACUCCUGAUUCCCACUCCGACUUGUGUGGAGCGGGAAUUACUGUUACUGUGACCCAAACAAUCCUUCAGGGGGCUGCUACCAGUACUAUCAACACCGCGACGAGCUCCUCUGGCAUGACGACAGGUGAGCCGGAUGUGAACCCUCCCAAUCAAAGCAGUUUGAUUCCUAGCUCUGGUGGUACUUCCUCGAUGCCUCCUAGUUUACAAGCGUCCUCCAUUCCUUCUCGUUUCAUCCCAAGCAAUACUACCGGGGCAACUGUGGGACCAGGCACUACCAAGACCAUACAUCUUGUCCCUGCAACUCCCGGCUCAACUGCCAACAUCACCGCCAGCGCAUCGUCCAGCAAGUGUCCAAAACCAACUGCGUCCACGACAGCAAAUUCUACGCCUCCACCUCCAGCCACGAUUGCUGGAAGCGUCAUCGGCUCUAUGGCAGGCUUGGCCCUAAUCGUUAGUCUUCUCGUCUGGUGUUGCCGAAGGAAGCGAAAAAUAACCUUCAAGCGCAAAGUGCAAAAGACUGAUCAAGAAGAGCAGUCGAAUGAGCUGCGGUCUGUCAAAGAAGAGAGAGACCAAGCUCUUUGGUGUCUUGAGCAAAACAAGACGCUUCCGAGCCCACGUCCCGUCGACUUCGGCCUUCCUCAGGUACCCAAGAACUCGGGUCCUGUUAUGCCACAGCAAUGGAUAUGA